AUGGCCGACGAAGGCAAGAAUCACGUUGCCGUGGACGACGAGAGCCCGGUUAACACCACCGACGACCAGGAGUCCCCCUUUGAUUGGGAUAUUGACAUCUGGUUCAACCUAAUUGCCUGCUGGGCUGCUCUUUUCACUUCCAUCUGGACCCUCGUCGUGGGAAGCGGUAUUAUCGGCUUCAUCACCACCUCCUUCCCAGAGGAUGCAGGAAUUUCCAUCUGGAUAGCGUCCUCCGUCACCAUCGCCAACUGUGUCAUCCAAGCCUUCCUGGGUGAUCUAUCCGACCACUUUGGCCGCAAGUGGCCCCUCUUGUUUGGUAUGGCCAUGAUCUUUGCCGGCUCCCUAAUUGCUAGUCGUGCCAGCAGCAUGGGCAUGGUCAUCGCCGGGCAGUCACUCAAUGGUGUUGGCUUGACCUGCGGGUUCCUGGCCAUUCCGAUGUCUGCCGAGAUCGUCCCCAAGGAUCAGCGUGGCCCUAUUCUGGCUGCCAGCGGGCUCGUGUCCGGAGUAGGAUAUAUCAUCGCCCCAAUAGUUGCCGGUGUGUUCAUCAAGCACAAUGUCGGCGGCCAAGGCGAUGGGUGGAGGGUGGCGUUUUAUCUUGAGGUCGGUCUGGCCUUCCUCAGCUUCGUGAUAAUCCUCUUUUGCUACCACCCGGCCAAGCGUCCAAACCCCGACAAUCUGUCCUUCAUGACACGCCUGUUCCGCAUUGACUGGACUGGAGUAUUCCUGGUGACCGCAGGCCUGACCCUGUUCCUUGUCGGCCUGGAGUCGGGAGACAACCCUACACCCUGGAUUUCCGGUCGCGUCCUGGCCUGCAUGGCUGUCGGAGGCGUCCUGAUUAUCUCCUUUGGCUUCUGGGAAUGGCUGGGGACCAAGAAUGGGAUUGUGGCCCACAGUCUCUUCGGAAAUGUCAACUACCCCAUCUGUCUGGCGCUCAACUUUGUUGAUGGUAUUGUGCUGUUUGGAGGUCAAGCCUUCCUGCCCCAGGAGAUUAUCAACCUCUUCACCAGGGACGCGAUCAUGACUGGCGUGUACAAUAUCCCCUUCAACGCCAUGACCAUUGGUGGCGGGGUGAUCGCCGCCAUCGUGCUGGGCAUUAUGAAGGAGGCCAAGUGGUGCGUCGUGGUGUCGUUCGUGGUGCUCCUCGUCGGAAAUUGCAUCAUGCUGGUCAUGCACAAGGGUAUCAACUUCGCCGCCUGGUUCUUCCCCACGGCCAUGCUCGGAGCGGCCGUCGGCAUCCAGAACGCCCUGUUGACCGUCGUGGUCAGCAUCUGCACCCCGAAUCAUCUCAUCGCCUCGGGCGUCAGUGUGACGGCCUCCUGCCGUGCCCUCGGCGGCAGUAUUGGAACCGUCAUUUUCAGCCAGAUCUUCGCCGCCAAGCUCAAGCAUUUCCUACCCGAGGACGUUGGCAAGGCUGUGGCAGAGGCUGGUCUACCCGUCAGCGCCAUCCCCGAGUCCCUUCAGGCCCUGCUGGGCGGAAACCAGGACGCCCUGUCGCACAUUCCCGGUGUGACUGAGGAUGUCCUCGCGGCGGCCCAGGAGGCCCGGGCCCACGCCUACGCCCAUGGCUUCAAAUUUGUCUGGUACUCGCUGAUUCCGUUCGCAGUUGUCGCGACCGGCCUCUCCAUGUUCCUGCAGACCACGAAACCCUUCCUCACUCGCCAGGUUGCGGCCCCUGUUGAGCGGCGACACCGCCACCGCUAAGCGCGUCGAUAUUGGGAACAUCCAGCUGAUCUUGUUGAUCGCUGCGUGUCCGGCGCAUGUAUUUCAUUACGUGCAAUUUUUUCUACGUUGGUGCGUUUGUUACAUGACUGUAUAAUGGCCGUUUGAUGAGUGAUGAGAAACGACGACCGUUGUAAGAUGUGGUGGGCUUUUCAUUUUAUUUCGUUCACAUUCUCCACUCCUUAAUGGGACUCUUCGGUAUCUACGUACUGGAAACUGGAUACCGUAGUAGCAAGAAUAUAUCCGAUUAGAACGAUCAU